UGUUGGACGUGGCCAGCACAGGGGCCGGCACCAGGGGGUUAUCGAAGCAGCUGUCGCGAUGCUGGGUACCCUGGUAUUGAGAACAGCGCCCGAGCCGCGGCUCCUUCUCCGACUGCUCAGGUCCCCGUCGCUCCGCAGCCGUGGAGGUGCCUCUGGCCGAACCGUGACCACCGGGGACCGCGGGGAGCCGCAGUGGCUGAGGGUGGCCGCCGGGGGGCGCCCUGGACCAUCGCCAGCCUUGCUCCCCGGAGGAGGGGCAACCACCGGGGGGCGCCGGGGAAGAUGCGCGAAGACCCAGGGCCUCGCGGCCGCCACGUGGGAACACCUUCCUAGCCCUGAAGAAACACUGCCAGGACAGGACAGCUGGAAUGAGGUCCCCAGCAGAGCCGGCCUCAGCAUGUGGGCUCUGGCCACGGCGCUGAUGGCUCAUUGCUACAGCAAGAGUCCGUCCAACAAGGAUGCAGCCCUGAUGGAAGCUGCCCGGGCCAACAACGUGCAGGAGGUCAGCAGGCUAUUGUCAGAAGGCGCAGAUGUCAAUGCAAGGCACAAACUGGGCUGGACAGCACUCAUGGUGGCUGCCAUCAACAGAAACGACAGUGUGGUGCAGAUUCUGCUUGCUGCGGGGGCCGACCCAAACCUUGGGGAUGAUUUCAGCAGUGUUUACAAGACUGCCAAGGAGCAGGGAAUCCAUUCUUUGGAAGUCCUGGUCACCCGCGAGGAUGACUUCAACAACCGGCUCAACAACCGUGCCAGCUUCAAGGGUUGCACAGCCCUGCACUAUGCCGUCCUUGCCGAUGACUACCGCACUGUCAAGGAGCUGCUUGAUGGAGGAGCCAACCCUCUGCUGAGGAAUGAAAUGGGACAUACAGCUUUGGAUUAUGCCCGGGAAGGGGAGGUGAUGAAGCUUCUAAAGACGGCUGAGACCAAGUACCAGGAGAAGCAGCGAAAGCGUGAGGCUGAGGAGCGGCGCCGCUUCCCCCUGGAGCAGCGACUGAGGGAGCACAUCAUUGGCCAGGAGAGUGCCAUCGCCACUGUGGGUGCCGCAAUCCGGAGGAAGGAGAAUGGCUGGUACGACGAAGAACACCCUCUGGUCUUCCUCUUCUUGGGAUCAUCUGGAAUAGGGAAAACAGAGCUGGCCAAGCAGACAGCCAAGUAUAUGCACAAAGAUGCCAAAAAGGGCUUCAUUCGCCUGGACAUGUCCGAGUUCCAGGAGCGGCAUGAGGUGGCCAAGUUCAUCGGGUCCCCGCCAGGCUACAUCGGCCACGAGGAGGGUGGCCAGCUGACCAAGAAGUUGAAGCAGUGCCCCAAUGCGGUGGUGCUCUUCGACGAGGUGGACAAGGCCCACCCGGAUGUGCUCACCAUCAUGCUGCAGCUGUUUGAUGAGGGCCGGCUGACAGAUGGAAAGGGGAAGACGAUCGACUGCAAGGACGCCAUCUUCAUCAUGACCUCCAACGUGGCCAGCGAUGAGAUCGCGCAACAUGCACUGCAGCUGAGGCAGGAAGCUCUGGAGAUGAGCCGCAGCCGUCUGGCCGAGAACCUCGGGGACGUCCAGAUCAAUGACAAGAUCACCAUCUCAAAGAACUUCAAGGAGAACGUGAUCCGCCCCAUUCUGAAAGCUCACUUCCGGAGGGACGAGUUCCUGGGACGCAUCAAUGAGAUUGUCUAUUUCCUCCCCUUCUGCCACUCAGAGCUCAUCCAGCUCGUCAACAAGGAACUGAACUUCUGGGCCAAGAGAGCCAAGCAGAGGCACAACAUCACACUGCUGUGGGACCGGGAGGUGGCAGACGUGCUGGUCGACGGCUACAACGUGCACUAUGGUGCCCGCUCCAUCAAGCACGAGGUGGAGCGCCGUGUGGUGAACCAGCUGGCGGCAGCCUAUGAGCAGGACCUGCUGCCCGGGGGCUGCACUCUGCGCAUCACCGUGGAGGACUCCGACAAGCAGCUGCUCAAGAGCCCCGACCUGCCCUCAGCCCAGGCCAAGAAGCGGCUGCCUAAGCUGCGGCUGGAGCUCAUCGACAAAGACAGCAAAACCCACAGACUGGACAUCCGGGCGCCACUGCACCCUGAGAAGGUGUGCCACACCCUCUAGCCCCUCCUACCUGCCCUCCACAUCCAAUAAAGGCCCCACUGUGGCAUGGCACCCGGCCCGCCUCCCCUCAUGCCUCUCGACCCAGCCCUCCGCCCCAAGCAGUGUGGGCCCAUAAGCUGCUAGCACGGAUCUGGCUGGAAGCAAAGGGACCAUGCUGUGAUGUGCCACCCUCCAGUGGCCUUGCCCAGUGCAGUGCCCACAGCAGCCCCCCAGGCCUGGAGGAGGGGUGCCGAGGCUCAGGCCCAGACACAAUUUAGUCUGUAGCUACCACUUUCUCAUGCUCUGAGGGGAAGGGUCCUUUCCGCUGCCCACCACCCACCAUUCGCAGCCGUGUCCUGGGAUCAGCCUGGGCCACAUAGGGCACCUCUAGCAGGGGCCUCCUCCAGGACACAGACAGCAGAGUCGCUGGGAAGCCACAGCAGGUGAGAUCGGAAGGCACUCUCUCCCCCAGGGAGCCUGCCCAAGCCCUGUGUGUACUGCCGGCCCAGCCGAGUUGGGGCAGGAACGCUAUUCAGCCUGCAUGUGACUACACUAAGCUGAACGUUUGGACACAAUCCCCCAAGUGCACCCAUCCGAGCUUAACAGGGCACAGCAAAGUCUGGUGCCUCCACGGACAGCCCCAGCUGUAGCCACCACAGGUGGCCACUCCAGCCGCCCUCGCGUGGCCCAUCUAGGGGUGAUGGAAGGAGGUCCAGCAGGGGCCGGCCCCGGGGCUGUCAGCCGCUGCCUCCCUCCUUGACUGCCGUGCUCAUGGUGGGCGCUGCUAUUCUCUGUUACACACAGAAAACAGCAGUUUCCACUCGCCUUCUACCCAAUUUCUCCUAUUAGUAACAACUUUAAAAACCACACUAUAAUUAUCAAAACUCAGGAAGUCCCACGGAGGCAGUACUACUCACCCGUCUACAGAUACUCCAGGUUUCCUGCAGGCUCCAGUGCGGGCCACGUUCCCGUCAUCCCCAUCAGCCUGUGGCAGCUCCUCUGUCUCUCGUGACCUUGACACUCCUCCAGACUGCUCAUCUGUGAAUGGCUCUGGGUUUGGGUGCGCCUCCUGAUUUCAUGAUUGGAAGAGGGUCUGCAUUUUUGCAAGCUGACAUGUUAGUGAUGCUGAGGCCUUUUGCUGCCUCCCACAGAGGUGGUGUCUCACCAUCCCAAGGAUAAGGAGGCGUGUCCCGUUCUCUCCACUGUAAAAUGUUUCCUUUGACAUUAAUAAAAACCUCCCAGUCAGAUACUUUGACGCUGUGUAAAUGUCUUA